GGGGCGAAGAGAAAAGACGGUGCUCCAGAGAGAGCAGGGAUAGGAUGGCCAAGUUUUAAAGUCUCGGAAGGGGGGUCCCGUGCAAUGGAGUCAGCAUCAAGACUUCUGAGAAUGAGAUUUAAAGGGACGACGCCGCUGCCAUCCGAUCAGGGCUCCAUGCAUGCAACCGUGGCCUGGGGAAUCCCUGAUAUGGUCGGCACCUGUCAGGCCAAUAUGGGGUAUGUAGGACAGUACCCUGAUGCCAAUAAUGUUACAGAAAUCAAUGUGUAA